UAUUUGUUAGUGAAUGAUAAAUCCGAAAUUACUUUAAUUUCGUGUGGUAAGCUUAAAAAUUUCCCAUUAGUUAUAAAAGAGUGUCGAAAUGAAUUGAGAAAAAGAAUUAACACAUCAUACCAAAAAUAUUUUCGGAGUUUGGAAAUUCAAUCGCCAUACGAUACGAGCUUGCUCCAACUUUCAGGACGGAUAAUGUCGGUGACGCUUCACACAAAUUUGGGCGACAUCAAGUGCGAAAUCUUCUGUGACGAGGUCCCUAAGACUGCUGAGAACUUCCUGGCACUAUGUGCGAGUGGCUAUUACGAUGGAACCAUAUUUCAUCGAAAUAUUAAAGGUUUCAUGAUUCAAGGUGGUGACCCAACUAACACUGGCAAGGGCGGGACAAGCAUAUGGGGUAAAAAGUUCAAUGAUGAAAUAAGAGAGUCUCUUAAGCACAAUGCUAGAGGUAUAUUAUCCAUGGCUAACAGCGGGCCUAAUACCAAUGGAAGCCAAUUUUUCAUUACUUAUGCCAAGCAACCACAUCUUAAUGGACUUUAUACCAUUUUCGGCAAAGUGAUUCAUGGUUUUGAAAUUCUUGACAUAAUGGAAAAGGCUCAAACGGGACCUGGGGAUCGGCCUCUGAUGGAGAUCAGGGUUAACCGUGUGACGAUACAUGCUAACCCACUUGCCGGUUAAAUGCAGCUUUAGUUGCAAACAUAAACCCAGGCUGAUUAGCGGCUGUUGAUGGCGGAUGAUUAAGAUAACCUCAAAUCACUUCUUAUAAUUUCAGUUUAAACUUUAGACUGAUUAGUUUGUCAUGAAUGUGGUGUUAUGAAAUUUGCAUGGCAAUUGCAGCCGUUGUAUGGUAUUUUGUGGAUAAAGUUGUUCAAUUAAAACGAGCCGAGCUCGAGCUCAUUUAAAGCUCGUUCAGUUAACGAGUUCAGCU